GUAGCCGCCCUCGCGCGCCCCCGUCGCAGCCGGAUCGGCCGGCGGCGGGACUUCCGUGUUGGCGGGCUUCUGAACGCUGCCAUGGCUCAGGCGGUGCAGAACGUUACAUUGUCGCUCACUCUGCCCAUCACGUGCCACAUUUGCCUGGGGAAGGUGCGCCAGCCUGUCAUAUGCAUCAACAACCAUGUAUUUUGUUCAAUUUGUAUCGAUCUGUGGUUGAAGAAUAAUAGCCAGUGUCCAGCAUGCAGAGUCCCCAUCACUCCGGAAAAUCCUUGCAAAGAGAUUAUUGGAGGGACCAGUGAAAGUGAACCUAUGCUGAGCCAUAUAGUCCGGAAGCACCUUCGGAAAACUAGGCUUGAGUUACUCCACAAAGAAUAUGAGGACGAAAUAGAUUGUCUGCAGAAAGAGGUAGAAGAACUCAAAAGUAAAAAUGUCAGCUUGGAGUCACAGAUCAAAACUAUUCUGGAUCCUUUAACCUUAAUGCAGGGCAACCAAAAUGAAGACAAACAUCCAGUUGCAAAUAAUCCAAGUAAAACUGAUCCAGAAACUGUAGCAGAGUGGAAGAAAAAACUUAGAACAGCUAAUGAAAUCUAUGAAAAAAUGAAAGAUGAUGUAGAUAAGUUAAAGGAGGCAAAUAAAAAAUUGAAAUUGGAAAAUGGUGGCCUGGUGAGGGAGAAUUUACGACUGAAGGCUGAACUUGAUAACAGAUCACCCCAGAAGUUUGGAAGGUUUACAGUAGCUGCUCUUCAGUCCAAAGUAGAACAGUAUGAACGUGAAACCAAUCGCCUCAAAAAAGCCCUGGAACGAAGUGAUAAGUACAUAGAGGAACUAGAAUCUCAAAUCGCACAGUUGAAAAAUUCAAGUGAGGAGAAGGAAUCUAUGAAUUCCAUUUGCCAGAGAGCACUUUCUGCAGACGGCCAGGGGAGCGAAGGCAGUGGGGAGGAUAUGCCAUCAAAGAAUCAAGGUGACGGUGCCGGAAAGCAGCUCAGCUCAUCCAGCUCGAGUGCUCACCUGGCACAGCCUUCUAACAGUUCUGCCCGGCAGGAAAGCACCAGCAGAGCAGAACCAAACUGUUCUAAGAACAAAGACCUAUAUCAAAAACAGGUGGAAAUAAUGUUAGAUGGGACAGAUACAAGUAUGGAUACCUAUUUGGAAAGAGAAUGGGGUAAUAAGCCAAGUGAUUGUGCGCCCCACAAAGAUGAAGAACUGUAUGAUCUCCCAGCUCCCUGUACCCCCUUGUCCCUUAGUUGCCUUCAGCUCAGUACUCCAGAAAAUAGAGAGAGCUCUGUGGUCAAAGCAGGAGGCUCCAAAAUGCCCUCAAACCAUCUCAGAAAAUUGGUGUUUGAUGAUUUUUGUGAUUCUCCGAAUGUCUGUAGUAAAGAUUCUUCAGAAGAUGAUAGAAGUGAAAAUGAAAAGAAAUCAGAAUGUUUUCCUUCCCCAAAGACAGGGUUUUGGGGUUGUUCCACAAGCUAUGCCCAAAGCUUGGAUUUUGAAAACUCAGAGGGGAACACAAUAGCAAUUUCUGUUGGAGAAACUUCUUCAAAAUUGAGUGAGAAAUCAGGUUCAUGUUUAUCCAAGAGGUUGAAUUCUAUUCGCUCUUUUGAGAUGAAUCGGACAAGAACAUCCAGCGAAGCUUCAAUGGACGCGGCUUACCUUGACAAAAUCUCUGAGCUGGAUUCCAUGAUGUCAGAGUCUGACAACAGUAAGAGCCCUUGUAAUAACGGUUUCAAGUCAGUGGAUUUGGAUGGGUCAUCAAAGUCGUCUCAAGGCAGUGACUUUCUUGAGGAACCAGAUAAGUUAGAAGAAAGAACUAAGCCAAACCUUUCCAAAGAUUCUCUAACUACUGGUCAGUUAGUGAAUGGAAAUGAAUGGAAACCCACUUCAUUUUUCCUCCUCUCUCCAUCUGACCAAGGAAUGGAUGAAGAUUUUUCACUCCAUCCCUGUUCUGACUCAGGAACUAAUGAAAUCAAACCCCCAAGCUGUUUGUUUCAGACUGAGUUUUCCCAGGGUGUUCUGUUAAGUGGUUCACACCGGCUGUUUGAAGAUCAAAGGUUUGGGUCAUCUGUGUUUAAGAUGUCCUCAGACAUGCGUGGUCUCCAUAACCACCUUCAGUCUCCUUGGUCUGCUUCUUUCGUGCCUGAAAAGAAGAAUAAAAAUGUGAAUCAAUCGACCAAAAGAAAAAUCCAGAGCAGCCUUUCCAAUGCCAGUCCAUCAAAAGCAACUAAAAGUUGACUCAUUAGGAAGAUCUCAUUUAUGUUUUUGUCCUGAGAGGAAUAUAAGUUUUUAAAGUUACUUUUUUCCCCUCAUAAAAGUUUUUUGAAUUGGUCAUCUUUAGUCAAGUGUCAAGUCAAAAUGGUGGAUUGCCUGUACUUAGAAUACUUUGUGCAUUUUGAAGAGUUUGUUCUUUUUCAUUUUCAUUAGGGAAUCUUUUUGACCAGAAAAGGUAGAGAAAGGGUUUCUUUUUAAUGAAUAGUGUAUGUAUCCGGUUUGGGUAUAUUUUGUUUUCAAUCUCGAUUACACUGUUAGAUACAAUGGCCUAUUAGUGAGCCUCAGUCAUCUCGGAACGUUUAUUUCUUAAAUAUUAUAAAACUUUAUGUUUUAUCUACACAAUGCUCGUAGGACACUUGAGUUUCUUUAAAGCUUUUCCAUUAUUUUGCCUGCCCCCUUUUAUUUAUGUUUAGUGGUGGCCUUUUAUGCAAGGCCAUGAUGGAGAAAUAGCACUCUAACCUUAGCCCAGUCAAUAUUCAUUUACCUUUUUUUAGGUUUUACAUAGAUGUUUGCAUUUUUAAUAUGUUUGUUCAGUUUUUGUAAAAACGUUUUGCUAGUAUGAAAGAAUACGUUUCUAUGUGUAUGUUUUAUGUCAGAUAACUUUCAUUUGUUCAUCUUUUUGUGUGUGUUGAAAAUCGGAAAUUGAGCCCACUUUGAAAAAAAAGGCAUAGAACAGUUAGGGUUGGGGACCCUAAACACGGUAACGUCAUACUGCCAGACUUACCGGUACAGAAUCACUCACUGACAAGUUCUUGAUCCACUGACAUCCCAGGAGAGCUUUUUGGAGUGAUGAAGUUCUUGUUUGCAUGUCAUUGUUCUUUGUGAAAACAUGACGCAUGGUAGCAUUCUUGCUUGCACUGUUUUCUCUUACUUAAGAAAAAGAAGUUUUAGUUCGCUAAUAGAAUAUUUUUUAUGUAGGACAAAAUUUUGUUUUGUUUUUCAUCAAGAGUAUUGGGAUGAGAA